GGAAAAUGCCACGUCGCAGAGAAAAACCAUGAAGGUAAUCGUCACAACAGGGGGAGAAAGAUGAAAAGUUGUAGAAUAGGAGAAAAUGAAUUGGUUAAGGACUAUAGAGCAAGAGGAAAUAAAUGGUUAAAGGCCGAAGUACAGAAAAGAGUAGGUAAGAGCAUGUAUUUAUGUAAAUUGCAGGAUGGAUCUAUUUGGAAAAGGCAUGUAGAUCAGUUAAGGAAGUUGAAAGAGGUGGCAAAGAGGUACGGAAGACACGGUAAAGAGGAGGACAGAAGGAUGGUAGAAAGUAAGAUUGUUUAUAAUAGUAAUUAUGACGAUAGUAGCAAUACUAUAGAAAACCAUGAACAGUUUAAUAGUAAUUUUACUAAGAAUAUCAGAGAGGUUAGCCUAGAUCACGAGAAUAAUUUUAAUGUAUCAGGAGUAGCAAAUAUUUUUGAAGAUGAUUUUAACAAAUUCUGUAUUGAAGCACAAGGCUCUUUAUGUAAUGAUAAUUUGUUAAUAUCUAGUGAGGAUGAAUUUUAG